AUGGUGAUCGUCGGAAAGGUGAAGCGUUUUCACCCGAGCCCUGGCAUCACUCCACAGACGGAUCCUUCCAUUUCUUACCCUGAUAAUUUUUCGUUUCUUACCCUGAUAAUUUUUCGUUUGACAUCUGCGAUGUUCUCCAGGACACUGUCUCGCGCGACUGGCGCUCUCCGUGCAACACAGCAUCGUGCAUAUGCAAGCACUGCAAGCGGCCAGACCGCAGCCUUUGCCGGGACCAAAAACUCCAAGGGGAACUAUACUGUGACUUUGAUUCCUGGUGAUGGUAUUGGCCCAGAAAUCUCUGAGGCAGUGAAGGCGAUCUAUGUUGCUGCCAAGGUCCCUAUUGAGGGAGGAGGAAAGACUGUGAUUCCGGACGCUGCUAUUGAAAGUGUUAAGAAGAACACCGUUGCUCUCAAGGGGCCCCUUGCUACACCUAUUGGAAAGGGGCAUGUCUCCUUGAAUUUGACGCUUCGCAGAACUUUCAGCCUAUUCGCAAAUGUACGGCCUUGCGUAUCGAUCCAAGGAUUCAAGACUCCCUAUGAUGAUGUUAACACUGUGCUCAUCCGAGAAAAUACUGAGGGUGAAUACUCUGGUAUUGAGCAUGAGAUUGUCGACGGCAAAUUAUCAGAUGGCAUGUUCCUGUCAGCAUGCCGUGAGGUUUCGAAAGACUUCCCUAACAUUAAAUACGAUGAGGAUCUCUUGGAUCAUCACUACAAACCCUGCGCAUUUGCCGACCGAGUGAUGGUUAUGCCCAAUCUUUACGGUGAUAUCUUGUCGGACAUGUGUGCUGGACUGAUUGGCGGUCUUGGCCUUACUCCCUCUGGAAAUAUCGGCAAAGACGCGUCCAUCUUUGAAGCUGUUCAUGGAUCCGCGCCCGAUAUUGCUGGCAAGGGCCUCGCUAACCCAACGGCACUCUUACUGUCCUCGUUGAUGAUGCUCCGUCACAUGAAUUUGUAUGACCAUGCGGCGAAGAUUGAGGCCGCGCUCUGGGUACAAUCGCACAAUAACCCCUAA